AAAUGUCACGGAUUUGUUGUGUUUGCCCGUUGUUCAGGGCGACGAUUCGUCAGAAAACCCUUAGACAAGACUCUUGUGCCGGAUCAACCGUUGGAGAGUCCCUCGGAGCCAUUAGCUGAUACCGAACAGGUUGUUGUUGUGAUGCGAGACGGGAACAAAGGCGUAAUUCCGCCAAAACAGAGAUUUUCACUUGGACUCGACUUGUCGGAAUAUGUCCAAGAUUGCUCAAUCGAUUUAUGUGAUAUGUCAAAUUCGUCUUCGAUGCCGGGUCACAACAAAUCCAGCAGUCAAAAUACGGGCGGGAAACAAAAUAGCUUCGAAAUGGAUGAGAGUUUGGGAAUUUUGACGCCCGAACAGAUGAAAGAGUUUUUGGAUUCGACAAAAACGAAUACAGCAAGUCAUCCAGGCAAUCUGCAAUUGCAAAGUCAUCAAGAUAUGAAAUUUAAUAGGCAUCAAUGUCGGUUAGACUUAACUCCAAGUCCCGAGGAACUGCCAUUAGAUCCAAUUGGUGUAAAAACCGACAUGGAUGGCGUCGAAACUGACACUUUUCCGCAAGAUAUGAUCUCGUCGCUGGCUGAAAGUGACAAAAUGACCAAAUCCGCCAUGAGUAAAAUCUCCAAUAGUUUCAUUGCGAGUAUCACAAGUGUCACGAGCGACGGAUAUCAGGGCGAUGGCGAGAUGUCACGUCCCGCAAGUCGUGGCGCCGAUCAUUCUCCCGUCAAUGGGAUGUUAAAUCAGCAGGAAAAUCGCUCGAAUGUCGUUUCACGGCGUCAAGAUCCCAUGACUGACUCGGAUUUCUUCACGGAAAGUGAUGCGGAUGACAAUCGCGGCGGAGAUCGACGAGCGCAAGUCAUUGACGGCACGUUAUUUGGCGCCAAAAUGAAUGCGAUGCCUGUGCAACCCGUCGUUCAGCAAGGCACAAUGGACGAUUCUUGCAUGGAAUCUUCGGGCGUCUUUACAGAUGUGGAAAAUCGGGGCGAUGACGACAUGUCGCAUCGAUUGCAGGCCCCCAAUAACAAUCAAACGGCCGAUAUUUCGCCCGAUACCGAAACGCAGAGCAGCAGUAACACGCAGUACACGGAAAAGAAGCGCUCCAGUAUUUUACUACAACAAAAUAAUAAUGAAUUAAUUAAUAACGCAACAGACGAAGGCAACGAAUACACUCACACACCGUCACAAUCGUCAACGUCGUCGUCGUCGUUGCAGUAUGAUAAGAGCGCUACGGUAGUCGACAGUGAUAAUACGAAAGCCGCACGACAGUCUGUCACAAACCGUUCGAGCGGAGACACCACACAUGCCACUGUUACUGCUAGCGGGUCCGCAAGCAAACAACAAACACGCAAACAGGCGAUUACGUUGCAACGGAAACUCGAAAUGACACCGCGAUCCUUGUUGGGCAACAAGUGCAAGAUCCAAAAGCUGAAUUCGCUCGAAAGCGAGGACUUGUCACUUUGCUCAAAUUCGACGCGAAGUACGCGUGGCAGUACGCCACUCCGCGAAAAUGUCGACAGAGACGCGCAAAAACGAACGAAACCCAAAUCGAACAACAAAUGGGACGCCGUGAUGAAUAAAAUUGCCGAAAAUCAAAAGAACUCGAGUGCUAAAAAGCGCGAUUUUAGUGAAGUAAAGUCGAAAGUGUAUUGCGGGCUUGUCAAAUCUCCGGCGGCAACGAAGCGACAACUUUUUAUCGCAGCAAAACACAAUCACGAAAUCGAUCGCAGCUCCCAAAGCGACCUAAGCUUGGACUCGAAGAGCGGCAUUCAAUCGCCCAAAAACAACCAAAGAACCACUCCAGCAAAAUCAGGCGCUAUUAAAAAGCGAGAUGUGCGAACACUCAACGAAGUCACAUCGAGUGAUCAAACGAGGAAAAAUAAGCUGGACACGGUAAUAAAUCCCCAUGCAAUAGUUCAAGAGUUGAAAAGUUCACCGCCGAACAAGAAGCACUCCAGUCGAAAAAUUUCCGAUUUUUCCCCGAAGCAGUUACCAAAACAGCUAGAUCACAACCGCACAGUUGGCAAUGGACCAACUGCAGGAAACAAUGUUGCCUCGAAGCAGCACCUUAGUCCGAAGCCGCGCGUCACAAAUGUCUCGAAUCGCACCACAUUGCCGCUCGUGACGUCUGCCAAGUCGCCCGAGCCCCUGACAUCGCCGCAUCAUCCACACAAAAUUAGUCAGCGCAAUGCCACGAUAAUUUUAGAAAGUGCAACCAUAAUUCCAGCGAAGCAGCAACAACAGCACUCGACAAACAACAAUAACAUCGUCGCAUCAUCUCCGACGGUGACAACGAAGACACCAACAACAAAAAGUGUGAAAAAGUCACCGAUACCGAACAACAAACAGCAAACAGACCGUAAUACGCACCACAGUGUUAAUUUGAAGAAUCUGAAAAAUUUGAGUGGCAAAAUUGCGUCAGUGGUACCAGCUGCUGCUGCGGUAAUCGAUGACGGUCCGAGCAAGGCGCAACUCAAGCAAGAACUAGUCCAUGCGAACAAAGGCGUCGAGGCGUUAGGCGCAUUAAUGCAAUAUCUAGUCUAUCAUUUGGAUGCAUUUUCCUGUCCAAGUAUUAAAACAGCACAUGAUUUGUCACAGAAGAGUCUUCGCGACACAACGAGAUUGUUGGAUGAGACUCGCGCUGCUUGCCAGCAUUUAGAAGAGCGAUUGGGAGAUCGUGAAAAUUACUUUAAAGUUAGAGAGACUGAAUUAGAAGCGAAAUAUCAAACAGAAUUACAAAAAGUGAGAGAACAAUUUAUCGAGCUCGAAACAUCAGCAUCAUCCCGUAUUCAUGCCUUGGAAUCGGAAUUGUCACACAAAGAAACAACACAUGUGGCUGCCAUGGCAAAACUCAACACAGAUACCGAGCUCCGGGUACAAGUUUACGAGACACAACUCCGAAAUGCUCGCGAAAAUGAACAAAAUCUCACGAGUCGUCUCACAGAAUUAACGGGAAAAGUCGAUGAGCUCACGGAGAAAGCUCAUUCCAGUGAAAUCGAGUUCAGUGAAAAGAUCCAAUCGCUGACAUCGCAACUCGAGAAGAUGAAAGCCGAUGCCGCGGCACGUGAACAAGAACUUUUGUUCGAGUUGAGCAAAAAAUCAAAAGGAGAAACAGCGAUAAAUACCUCAUCGAGUCGCGUUUCGCCCGAAAAAUCCAUGAAUCGAUCACAAUCGACGUUACAAGAUGAGGUUGAAAGCCUCCGAUGCGUACUUGACUUGAAACAAAACGAAAUUGCUGAACUCCGGAAGCAAAAUCAGGAGAUGCAACGUGCUGUCGACGACCACAAUUCGCUCGCGAUGAAAUACGCGUCGGCGGAAUCGCGUCUCGAGGACUUGAAGGUGCAGUUACAGUGCAAAAUUGGCCAAGAACAAGAACUUUUGGACAAAAUUAAGCAACUCGAGGAGAAAUAUAACCAAGAAACCAAGACCAAAUCUAGAUUGUCGCAACACAAUGAGGAGCUGCAAUAUCGUCUCAAGCAGAAUUCGGAAAAGUUUUCGGCGACUCUUACGGAACUCUCGAAAAGUUUGCACGAACACUCGAUGUGCAAUCGCAACAAGAUGAACCAAAGUCUCGAUUUGUCGUUCCGUUCGCAGCCCGGUUCCGAGCAAAAGUCCCUGCAAAUUGACGAAAACUCGCCACCAACGUCGCCCGUCGUCAAAGGUGUCGUCGAAAAGAGUGAUUCUGUGUCGUGGGUCCUCGAAAUGGACGACGAAGCUCCCGAAGUACUUGCCUCACGUGUCGUUCGUCGUGCCGGCAGUUUUCGCUCCAACUAUUUGUCCACGUCGAUGGACAAAUGCUCGCAAUCUCCCGUUCCUAAGCGUCAAAAGUGCGCAUCGCCCCUCCAAACAUCCGCUUCUGCGACCUCCAUCUUGCGACGCAACAACUCCGAUCGUUCCCCGCAGAAAGAAAUCACCUUUUUACGCAGUCGCAGCAAAUCGGUGACGAUUAAAACGAAAGCCGAAACCCCAAAUCCGAGCAAAAAGUCAACUGCUGUCAAAAACUUGAGCAUGUCGUUCCAAGAGCCUCGCAUGUACACCAGCAGUCCCCGUUUGGAUCGUCACAUCGAGCCGGAAUUCGUCGAAGAGGAAGUUUUUAUCGAAGAAACGUCGCCCUUCGAGGUCGAAAAUCCCAUUCCCGAGCAUUUUCAUCGCGACAAAACGCCUAGUUUCAAAAAUUCGCGCGAAAAUCGCGGCUUAAUUACCUGCGACACAACAAAACUCGUUCCUAGUCAUGCGAAAUCGGAUAAACGCAAACCAAAAAUUAGUGCGGGCGAAGCACUCAUUUCGGGAUCAAAUAGCGAAGACGACACCGAAUCAACCGACGAAAGUUGCGGAUUGUCGAGCAGCAGCAGUAACGGCGAUCCACGUGAAGUUCUCAGCAUUGAGGAUGCGCUCAUGAAGAAAAUCGGCGUGAAUCAACACAUCAGUGGCAGCAAUACGCCCAUGGAUGUCAGCUGGAGCGAACAUAUUGGAAACGAUCAGGAGCCGCCCGUAUGACAAGACAUUGACAAUCUAGAUUUUUAAACAAAUGAGUCUCGUUGAGAGUAAAAAAAAACAGGAAACCUUAAAAAACUACCAAGUGAUUAUUGUCUUUAUAAGAUCAACUCUAUUUAUAAGCUACAUAAUUUAAAAAAUGAUAUAAAAUAAUGAAAUUUGCAUGAAAUCAAACAGUAAUGAAAUAUGAAAAAUGAAAUAAAAUGAAGAAAAAAACUUUUUUAUUGCUGAUGAUGAAAGAAAUGAAGAAACAAAAAACUUUUAAUCAUUAUUUUUUUGUACCUGACACAAAAUAUUUAAAUUAUUAUUGAAACAGAAAAGAAAAAAAAAUAUAAAAACAAACGAAAUCCUGAUAAUAAAAAAAAUAUUUUUCGUAAAAAUUUCUUAUAAAUAUAAUUUCUAAUGCAUGAA